AAAAAGCCUCAAGUACAGUCAAUAAGAACAACACAAGCCACUUAACAGUCCCUUAGAGAACGUACAAAUUCUACACAAACAAAAAUCUAUAAAAUUUCAAAACAUGAAGUUGGUCAUUACUUUAGCUGUUAUCUGUUUGAUGGCCGGUGCCUUAGCAUCACCUUUAGAAUUAAACGAUGAACAAAAAGUCAAGGCUAAACAAUAUUUCGAGGAGUGCAUUAAACAGGAAAACGUUUCCGAUGCUGACGCCGAAAAAUUGCGUAAAAAGGAUUUCGCCAAUCCUUCAAAGAAUUUAAAAUGUUUCGGUACUUGUUUCUUUGAAAAAGUCGGUACUUUGAAGGAUAGUGAAGUGCAGGAAGAUGUUGUUUUGGCUAAAUUGGGUUCUAUCCUAGGCGAAGAAAAGACCAAGGCUAUUUUAGCUAAAUGUAAAGAUGUUAAAGGAGAAGAUCGUUGUGAUACCGGUUUCAAAUUGUAUGAAUGUUUCGAAAGUGCUAAAGCUGAAGUGAUGGCAACUUAUUGAUCUAUUUAAAGAUUUGUUGAUAUUGAAAAAAGUAUUAUUUGUGAAAAGUUUAUUUGUAUAAAAUGUUUAAAAUAAAUAUUAAAAAAAAACUA